UGGCGGUUUUCGUAAAGGAAGAAACAUGGCCUUUGUGAAGGUGAACUAAAGUCGAUAGUACGGUAUUCGUUACCGCGAGUUGAUACGUUACGGGCACGAACGCGAAACGCGUUACACGCUAUACUACGGCGGACGCUUUGAACUCAACGGAAAUUCCUGUUGUUAGCAGGGACCGUUCUGUACGUCUACUAAAUAACAGUGGCGAAAUUCUCCGUGCAAAAACGAUCGCUGGCGCAAGCUAUAUAAACUUCCAUCGAUACCGACAAGCGUAUCACUUGCAUUUAGGAAUCACUAAACACCGGAAACAUGGUCACAAAGUUUAUCCCAGUGUUGGCUAUAUUGAUCUUCGUAAGGAUUCAAAGUGGAAUGACAGAACACGCUCAUAGUUUCGCACAUUUUUAUGGACCGGUCAAAGGCUCCGGGGAUGAAAUAAUUGUUCACGAUAAACAUGGUCAUCAACAAUUAGAUUAUGCCGCGCAUCCCAAGUACGAGUUCGCGUAUGGCGUCGAGGAUCAUCAUACUGGUGAUUAUCAUGGACAGAAAGAGCACAGAGAUGGGGAAAAGGUCAUCGGCGAAUACGUCAUCAAGGAACCGGGCGGUAACACCAGGACCGUGACUUACCAUGUCGAUCCGCACGGAGGAUUUUUUGCUCAUGUUCGCAACUCUGGUGGUAAUAAUCAUCACGGUGCUAUGUACGACGAUCAACGGAAUAAACAAGAUGAGCAGGAGUAUCACUAA